GCCUCGCCGCCUCCCUGAACGCUCAGCGUCCCGGUCCUGCGCUUCCGCUUCCGGUCUCGAACCUGCUGUGCUGGGGGUCACAUUGAGUCUGCGACGUCCGGAGGAGCGGCGGACACAGCGACAGGACAGCAGCGGAAGCGAUCUCAGUCCAGGAGCCACCAUGUCUGAAGACAUCAAAUCCAAGAUCCAAAACUACCGCACGGCACCAUUUGACAGCCGCUUCCCCAACCAGAACCAGACUCGCUACUGCUGGCAGAACUACCUGGAUUUUCACCGUUGUGAGAAGGCCAUGAACGAUAGAGGCGGUGACGCAUCUGUCUGCCAGUGGUACAAGCGUGUCUACAAGUCCCUCUGUCCCGCGUCCUGGGUGAAUUCUUGGGAUGAUCGCAUUGCAGAAGAUACCUUCCCUGGGAAGAUCUGAGCCACUUUCUCUUCCUCCCUCAUCCCCACCCUGAUGCCUGGGGCUGGAUCCCUUCUUCCUUCCGAGUGGGAGGAAUGUGAUCUUUGACUGCCCUUGCACUGGGAGACCUGAAUCAUGUUAAAAUAAACUGUAUUGGAAUCGA